AUGCCUAAUUCAGAACAUGAACUCGACCACCAGGUUGACCUUGUCGUUGUCGGCGGUGGCCCUACAGGCCUCUUAUCCGCUUUACUGGCAAGUCGCCUCGGAUUGACUGUCAGCGUGAUAGACGCCAAACCCGGGCCACUAGAGCUUGGCGGCGCCGAUGCCCUCAACGCCCGCACGCAACAAUACCUCGAGAUUGUAGGCAUUAUGGAUGAGCUCCUUCCCAAGGGCCUAAAAUGCAACACAAGCUCGACCUUUGCGGACGGCCAGUUCAAAUCCCGCCAGAGCCACUGGUGGACGGGCCUCCAGCACUGCCAGCACAAAAACUUUCUCAUGCUCGGCCAGCCCGCCAUCGAAGCGACGCUGCUCGCCCGGCUCGGCGCCCAUUCAGUGCACUACUCGGAGCGCGCCACCGCCGCAGCCGAGGACGACGCGGGCGUCACCAUCCACACCAGCGCGGGCCGCGCCGUCCGCGCCCGGUACGCCGUGGCGGCCGACGGGGCGCGGUCGACGCUGCGCGCGGCGCUGGGCAUCCCGUUCGCGGGCACCGAGCCCGAGAUGCGGUGGGCGGUGCUCGACGCGUUUGUCGACACGGACCUGCCCGUGCGUCGCAGCGAGAUUGUCACGUUUGAGCUGCGUGGGCAGAGCAGGGUCGCGUGGAUCCCGAGGGAGCGCGGCAUGGCGAGGUUCUACGUCCUGCUGGACGGCGGCGAUGUCACGCAGCAGAGGGCCGAGGCGUCCAUCGGGGAGCACUUGGCGCCGCAUAGGGUGGAGUUUGUGAGGACGGAGUGGUUUAGCGCUUUUGAUGUCAAGGAGAGGAUCGCAGAGACCUUCAUCUCCAGGAAUGGCGCAGGGCGCAUCAUACUGGCAGGCGACGCUGCCCACGUCCACAGCGUCAAUGGUGGCCAGGGCCUCAACACGGGCAUCGCGGACGCGUUCGCCCUGGUGUGGCGGCUUGCCCUGGUCGUCAACAACGACAAGUUGGCGAAUCUCACACCAGACGCAGCAGCUAGGCUGAUGGGGAGCUAUGAUGCCGAGCGCCGCAAGACGGCCGACGGUGUCAUUGAUGUGGCGGCACGGCUGGUUCGGAAUACCAUCGGAUCGGCCGAGGAGUACGUGUCGACGAUCGAAAAGAAUGCCGGAUACAUCACGGGCAUGGGCGUCAUGUACGACGGCAUGACGAGCGCUUUGGUUGUCGAGGGGGAGCAGAUGGGCGUCUGGAAGGCCGGCAGGAGGUGUCCGGACAUUUUGCUGUCUAGGCCUGGCGGGCAAGAGACGAGGUUAUAUGCAGAGGUCACGUAUGGGAGCUAUCUCAUUCUUGGCAUUGGGGGCGUCGAUACGGGCUCAGAGUUUGUCGACUUCAGCACACGCUUUUCUCUGUUUUCUAGCGCGCAAGUUUGCAAAAACAGCGGUGCCCCCCAAGCAAACAGCUUUGUGGGAGAGGACAUCAAAGAGAGUGACAAAUUUGUCGUGGUCGUGAGGCCAGACAUGUACAUUGGUUUCGUUGGCGCCGGAGACAGCUGGAAGGAGUACAUGGGCCAAAUAUUCAAAGGAUAGGCGACAUUACCCUUGUGUAUAAACGGCGAGCAAUUGGACCGAGUCUUGGACUCUUGGGUUGGGGUGCAUCAGGUCGCCAGGGAACACCGCCUCAAUUUGGUGGC